AUGGCAGAUAAGGUCGUCCCGGAAAUGUCCGCCGACCACACCGUCCCGAUCUCCGGGCUCGACGAGCUCAAGAAGCACCUCGACGAUCUCGUAUCCGCACCCGAGACGCCCCUCAACCCGAAACUCCUCGACGAUGUAGAGCUUCAGCUGAACGAAACAAACAUCCCGCCCCUCCUCCCCGUCCUCCUCCCAAACCUCACCGCGAUCCUCAAGACGACGCCCCAUGACCCCUCUCCCGUCGUGUCCCUCACCAUCAAGCUCCUCGGACCCGUCCCCUUCACCCAGACCCUCCAGCUGGCCGAUGAGUCCUCCCUCGUCGCCGCCCUCCGCUCCCCAAGCCCCUCCGCCAACCUCCUCGCCCUCGCCCUCCUCGCCAAGGCCGCCGCCGCCCCCUCCGACGCCGCCAUCCUCUCCCUCAUGCCCCGCGUCAUCGAAGAGCUCCUCCGCCGCUGGCUCUCCGCUCCACAGGUCGAGGUCGGCGAGAGGGCCACCCGCGUCCUCGGCGACCUCCUCGACGUCGACUGCGAGCUCCCCCCGCCCCCGGCCACCGCCACAUCGGGCUUGCCCGGCCGCGAGCUCGUCAGGCGCCGCGCCCCGGGACAGGGCAGGAUGUGGCGCCGCAUCUUCCACGACCGCGAGCUCUUCGGCCUCGUCCUCUCCCUCGCCCGCGGCCGCGACCCCGACCCCGCCGCCGACCCCGCCGCCCUGUCGGCUCACCAGCUCUCCCUUGCCCAGGGUCGCGUCCUCCGCAUCCUCCCGCGCCUCGCCGCCCUCAACAUCGCCGAGGUCGCCACCUCUCCGUUUCCCGACCUCACCGGCUCCGUCGAAACCGGCCUUCUCCAGCUCGCAGCCCUGCACAUGGUCGACAAGACCGAUACCCUCAUGCACCUCAACCUCGUCGACUUCUUCGAGACCCUGCUCAGCGUUAUGCGCGUCGCCGACCACUCCCAUCGCACCAUGGGCAUCCUGAAGGACCUCGUGAGGCAGGGCGUCGCCGAUGACGACACGCUGAGGACGGCCCUCUUGACUUUGCACGACCGGACAGUGCCGGAGGAGUCAGACGCCCUGCGCACCUUUGUCAGAGACGUCAUGGCAUGA